AUGGCCGCAACCCCGCCAGAACACCUGUCCGUCACGGCCAUGAUGCCCAUUGACCAGAGUGUAGACUACAACUCCAACUUGGUUCACAUGAAUGAGUCCACUCUCGGAAGCCAACUCGCUACUCCUCAUAGCACCCUCGAGGCUGUCGCUAUGUACUGGCCUAUUGGAACGCCGCGCAUCUACGCUACAAGUAGCAAUCGCGCGUCCGGAUCCCGUCUGUACGUCUCGCACGAUGGCGUCUUUGGCACUGACGAGACGGCGCCCGAGCCAGCCCACGAGGACAACGGCACCGAUGCGACGCCCCCUGUGACGCCCGCGACGCCCGCGACGCCUGCCAUCAAGUCGGUCGAGGUUGCUGACGGACCAUCCGAGCCGCUCUCACAGGAUGAAGAGCCCACGAUACCUCUACACGACCCGGUCCUGGCGCUCCGCGUCUCGCGCUCCGGCAACAUGUUUGCCGUCAUCACCGCCACCUCGAUUACCCUGUGGCAGACCAAGCCUACCGUGGUCCUAGCCGUCGUUGUCCGAUCGCAAUCCUCCCUCCAGCUGUACGGCCGAAAUGUCGACCUCCUUCUCCGACCCGAUUCUGCCAUCCUCGUCGUGCGCACCAGCGAGGGGUACCUCAUCACCUACUCAAUCGCCACCGAUGGCGAGUCGCGCGUGUACAAAUCACAUUUCCCCAAUUACCACAACGUGCAGCGACGCCGCCAGAGCUUGGUCGGCCCGCAGACUGGGCUGCGCCCGGAGCAGUACCUGUGGGGUCCUGGCGAAGGCACCGGCGUGUUGGACGUCAGUGUGCGGUUUCGCAUGGUCAUCAAGGUUGAUGCCGGCAUCGAAUCUGCCCUGGCCCUGGACGACGAAUUGAUUGUUGCGACUACCAAGCCUGCUGCCGUCCAAUGCAUACGGUGGACGCCAGACAGCACAGGCAACCAGACGCGCACCGAAAUAUUGAGUCGCAUGGGCUGGAUUGAAAAGAAGGCGUGCAUAACCGAGAUGACAUAUGAUCGGCCAAUGAAUCUUUUCACCUGGAUUACGAGCGAUGGCCGAGUGUACGCCGUGCAACGACACAAGAGCACGCCCCAAGACGACGACCCCAAGAAGCUGUUCAAGGGCCACUGCUUUCAUACACCAGAGGGAGGCCGCGGGCAUGCCGUCCAUGCUGUCAUCAACGCCCGUUUCUCCCUCAUUGCUGUUGGCUGCAGUGACGGAACCGUCCAGGCAUACUCGGUCCGAGACUAUUCCGGCAACAUUACACUGUCGCACAGCCAAGUCAUUCCCGCCUCGACAUCGACCGCCGGUGCCCUGACGAGCCUCGGCUACUCUCCGGAUGGAUACUGCCUUUUUGCUGGAUUCGAGAACGGGUGGGCGACGUGGAGCAUGUUUGGAAAUCCGGGCAGUCACAGCUUCAGUGCCGAGCCAUCUACUGCCGAGGAGCCCUGGCUGGCGGGAGUAGACUGCGCCUCCUGGAUUGGCGGGGGCUCCGAAAUUCUCAUGAUUGGGCGGCAGAAUGAAGCCAUCUGGUCGUUGGAAAUGGCCAAGAGCGCUGUUACAGGCUGCUACAACGACGCCAACGUAUUCCGCACAGUUCUGCAAACAUCUACAGGCAUCAUGGUCUACCGUGGCUACGAUCUUCCAGACAUGACAUCAAUCUCUGCAGAACCAUUUCUCUGGCAUACAGCAAGGAUCCCGGCUCCUUACCUGCUGCAUCAAUGGCCGAUGAAGCAGGCCGUCAUUUCACCAGAUGGCCGCUACGUUGCCGUGGCAGGUCGCAAGGGCCUGGCACACUACAGCGUCAACAGUGGCAGAUGGAAGACAUUUGCCAACGAAGCACAAGAAAAUGAAUUUCAAGUGCGUGGCGGUAUGUGCUGGUAUCAACACAUCCUGGUCGCCGCCGUUGAAGGCAGCAAAUCAUAUGAAAUCCGCCUAUAUUCGCGAGAAACGGCCCUGGAGUCGUCGCAAGUCCUAUUCACACAAAAACUCCCCGCCCCCAUCGUGCUGGUCACGACAUCGGGACAAGAUUCUCUUCUUGUCUACACAUACGAAAACCUCCUUUACCAUUUCAUCUUCACACCCUGGUCCGAUUCGGUCCGUCUGGUCCAAGUCGGCCAGAUUGCGUUCCACGGCAUCGUCCGGUCCCCCGCUAGAGUGCGCGGUCUGAGCUGGAUCCUGCCCGCGAGCCAGCUGGCUGACGGCGAUCCCUCGCAAGACGUGGCCGUCGCGUCCGUCAUCUUCCUGGUGGACGGCAAGCUGGUCCUGCUCAGCCCGUCGCUCAACGACGAGGGCCAGCUCAAGUACGACAUGCGCGUCAUUGCGCAGAAUGUCGAGUUCCACGCCAACAUGCGCGACCAGCCGCUGCUCAACUUGGAGCGCGACGAGACGCGCGGGCCGCCGGCGCUGCGCGACUCGCUCUGGGUGUUUGACGGCAUGCAGGUCAAGGGCUGGGCCAGCAUCGACGAUGUGCUCAACGCCGCGUCGGACGGCACCAAGGAGCUGCCGGCGCCCGUGUCGUUUCCAGUCGACUUUUACCCGCUGUCCAUGCUGCUCGAAAAGGGCAUCAUUCUGGGCGUGGAAUCGAACCUCGUACAACGCCGUGACGUAAACUUUUCAUUCUUCCGCUUCACCAUCCGAACGCACCUCGUAUUACCCGACGUGCUGCGCUUCUACCUACGCCAGGCCAUGACGGCCGAGGCUGUCGCCCUGGCCGAGCAGUACCAGGACCUGGCGUACUUUUCCCACGGGCUCGAGAUUCUGCUCCACCGCGUGCUCGAGGAGGAGUCGGAGGCGUCGCCGCCGGCGGCGCCCGAGGCGGCCGUGCUCCCACGCGUGCUCUCCCUCCUCUCCUCCUCGUCCAGGGACUACCUGGACGUGGUGCUGCAGUGCACACGCAAGACCGAGGUGCGGCAGUGGCCGACGCUCUUUGCGUACCUGCCGCCGCCGCAGGAGCUGUUUGAGGAGUCGCUGCUGCGCGGCUCCGUCAAGACGGCCGGCGGCUACCUCAUGGUCCUCUACACCCUCGAGGAGGCGCGCGGCGGCCAGUCGACGGAGCAGAGCGUCCGCGUCCUCGCCCGCGCCGUCCGCGAGGGCGACUGGGAGCUCUGCAAGGAGCUCGCCCGCUUCCUCGCCGCCCUCGACACCACCGGCGACGAGCUGCAGCAGGUCAUGCGCAUGGCCAACCUCGCUGCGGCGGGCCAAAACGGCCAUGGCAGAGGUGCCCGCCUCGAGAUCCCGUCAGACCUGGGCCGGCCGCGCGGCGCGAGUGACACGGAGUCGGAAGGACGGUCCGUGAGCGAGGGAAGCCUCGGCUCGACGAUAAGCCCGGUGGCGAGCCCAUAG